GGGCGGGCGGGGCGCAGAUUGAGGCCACUAUUUAACGGCCCGGCGGCCGCGCAGCGACCUGUUGUGAUCCCGUCAUGGCGCGCUACGCCCGUGUCGCUACUUUGGCCGCGUGUCUCUUGUUCGUCUGCGAGGGUGUCUAUGGACACCGUUGGCGGCGACAAGCAGAUGACGGAGCCAAGAAAGAGGAAAGCCUGGAGCAAGAACUAUGCAAGGACAAGGACGCUGGCGAAUGGUUCCGCCUGGUCACCGGCGAGGGCGACAACUGUCGCGACGUCAUCCAGUGCACUGCCUCGGGUAUACAAGCAAUCCGUUGUCCAGCCGGUCUAUUCUUCGACAUCGAAAAGCAAACAUGUGACUGGAAGGACGCUGUUAAGAACUGUAAACUAAAGAACAAAGAAAGAAAAGUCAAACCUCUGCUCUAUACUGAGGAGCCACUUUGCCAAGACGGGUUCCUAGCCUGCGGAGACUCUAACUGUAUUGAACGUGGUCUCUUCUGUAACGGAGAGAAAGAUUGUGCCGAUGGCUCUGAUGAAAAUUCAUGCGAUAACGACAACGACCCCAACAGGGCGCCUCCAUGUGACACGUCCCAGUGUGUGUUGCCAGACUGCUUCUGUUCUGAAGAUGGAACAGUGAUUCCUGGCGAUUUGCCAGCCAGAGAUGUCCCACAGAUGAUCACUAUCACUUUUGAUGAUGCUAUUAAUAACAACAAUAUCGAACUGUACAAAGAAAUAUUUAACGGAAAACGCAAGAAUCCAAAUGGUUGCGAUAUCAAGGCUACAUUCUUUGUCUCACACAAGUACACAAACUACUCGGGCGUGCAAGAAACCCACAGAAAGGGACACGAAAUUGCAGUUCACUCAAUUACUCACAACGAUGAUGAACAAUUCUGGAGCAACGCUACUGUAGACGACUGGGGCAGAGAAAUGGCUGGCAUGAGAGUCAUCAUCGAGAAGUUCGCCAAUAUCACAGAUAACAGCGUGGUCGGAGUCCGUGCUCCAUACCUCCGUGUCGGUGGAAACAACCAGUUCACUAUGAUGGAAGAGCAAGCCUUUUUGUAUGACAGCACAAUUACCGCUCCUCUCUCCAACCCACCCCUAUGGCCUUACACAAUGUACUUCCGUAUGCCUCAUCGCUGCCACGGUAACCUUCAAAGUUGCCCAACAAGAAGUCAUGCUGUCUGGGAAAUGGUUAUGAACGAACUCGACAGACGUGAAGAUCCUUCAAACGACGAAUACUUGCCUGGUUGCGCUAUGGUUGACUCUUGCUCAAAUAUUUUGUCUGGAGAUCAAUUCUACAACUUCCUUAACCACAAUUUCGAUCGACACUACGAUCAAAACAGGGCUCCUCUCGGUCUUUACUUCCACGCCGCUUGGUUGAGAAACAAUCCUGAAUACUUAGAAGCUUUCCUAUACUGGAUUGACGAAAUUCUUUCAACGCAUAACGAUGUAUACUUCGUAACCAUGACACAAGUUAUUCAAUGGGUCCAAAAUCCACGUACCAUUUCUGAAGCUAAGAACUUCGAACCUUGGAGGGAAAAGUGCUCAGUCGAAGGACCUCCAGCCUGUUGGGUUCCACACUCUUGCAAACUUACAUCUAAGGAGGUUCCCGGGGAAACGAUCAACCUUCAAACUUGCUUGAGGUGUCCCGUCAAUUACCCAUGGUUGAACGACCCAUCGGGUGAUGGUCGUUACUGAAAGAGAUCUCGCGCCAUAGGAGGUGCAAAUUAGUCGAUAUAUUAAAUUACAAUUGACGAAUUGCACGGACAUCAUAUUUGAGGUCUUACGUUCGAAAUGUCAAUUUUGUUAUCAGGGUCGAAUUGAACUUUAGAAACUUUGAAUAUGUGUCCUUGUAAUAAAAAUGUACCGGGUCAAAAUCCCGCUUGUAGUCUAAGUACCUACCUAAAUGUAUGUAAUAUAGAUUCACAUGGAUAUUUAAUAGGUCUGUUUAAUACUUUAUGUGAUUUUUCUACUUUAAGUCUGUUGGAUAAAAUUUAAAAUACAAAAUACUAUAAAAAUA